UGUCAAGGAUGACGUCUGCUUCACGACGGUAACGUCACGUCACCAUGUUUUGUCGUAUCGGCAACGCAUUAUACAGAAUAAAGAGGAAUUCCAAAUUAUUUAUUUGUUUUCACAGCUUUUUUCUAUUUUGAAACAGUUUUGUAUGUUAUUUUCAAUUUAAAUUAGAUUUUAUUUCAUUCCAGGGAAGCUUUAUGUUUUAAUCAGUGAUAAAAAACUAUUUAUUCAUGUUCUAUUUGCCAAUCAACAGGUGGCGUGGUAUUGGUAUGGAUUUCCAGUAAAUUCAUUUGCAUUGCAUAAAAUGGCUUCUUGAAGUUUGCUCAAGGAAGAGAAAGUAACAUUUAUUUUUAUUUAUUAAUUGCUGGUCAAUUAUACCCACACACUAGUGUUCUUGUAAAAUUGUGCCAAUAUAACCUAGAAAACUGUACAUUUUUUUAUCAACAGUGAUAUCGUGAAAUGGAAUUUGCAAAAUGUUUAGAUUUCUAAGUGGACGAAGACCAAGAAAUUCUUCAUCAAAUGAUGCAAAAUCAAAUAAACCUGUGGUUAAUAAAAAUUUGAUACAAUGCAGAGUGAUUCUUUUGGAUGGAACAGACCUCUCUGUCGAACUAUCGAAAAAAGCCAAAGCUAGAGAUCUUUAUGAACAAGUGUUCUAUUCACUGGACCUGAUUGAAAAGGAUUACUUUGGAUUACAAUUCACUGAUGCCAAUCAUGUCAAACAUUGGCUGGAUCCCACAAAAUCCAUAAAAAAACAGAUAAAAAUUGGGCCACCAUAUACUUUGAGGCUAAAGGUUAAAUUUUACUCUUCUGAACCAAAUAAUUUGAGAGAAGAGUUGACUCGGUACCAGUUUUUCUUGCAGUUAAAACUAGACAUUCUAGAAGGUAGACUAGAUUGCCCAUACGAAACAGCUGUCAAACUUGCUGCAUAUGCUUUACAAUCUGAACUUGGUGAUUAUGAUGAAACCCAACACACUCCAGCAACAGUAUCUGAGUUUAGAUUUGUUCCAAAUCAGACUGAGCAGAUGGAAAUUGAUGUUUUGGAAGAAUUUAAAAAGGUUAAAGGACUAUCACCAGCUCAUGCUGAACAGAGUUACCUGAAUGAAGUGAAAUGGUUGGAAAUGUAUGGAGUAGAUAUGCAUACAGUCUUGGGGAAAGACAGUAUGGAAUAUAAAUUGGGCCUAACUCCAACAGGAAUUUUGGUAUUUGAGGAGCCCAAUCAAAAAAUUGGACUAUUUUUCUGGCCUAAAAUUGGAAAACUGAACUUUAAAAAGAAAAAAUUGACACUUGUGGUUGUUGAAGAUGAUGAUCAAGGAAGAGAACAGGAGCAUACCUUUGUUUUUAGAUUGCACAAUGAAAAAGCAUGUAAACACCUAUGGAAGUGUGCUGUAGAGCACCAUGGUUUCUUCAGAUUGAGAGCACCUGUUAAAGGUCCAUCAGCAAGGCAGAACUUUUUCAGGAUGGGUUCUAGAUUCAGGUACUCAGGUCGAACAGAGUACCAAAGUACUUAUCAAAAUAGAGCUAGGAGGACAGUGCAACUUGAAAGAAAACCCAGUCAAAGGUAUGGACGAAGACAGAGUCAUGUGUUGAGAGAGAGGGAAAGAGAAACUCAGCAUCAACAGGUGUCUUCAACAAGUAGUGAUAAAUCAACGGCUACCACAAGUGAACCUAUUUAUUGUACUGUCAAAGAUGAAAUAAAGAGUCCUACCCCAACACCCAGUACGCCUACUCCAACAGGUGGUGGAUCCGUUGGUAUUGCUAGCCAAAGUAGCUUCAGCAAGGCUUCAGUCGGCCAAAAUAGCUUUGGAAAAGCGUCCGUUACUUCAUUUGGGAAGAAUUCAACAAGUGGAAAUUCAUUUGGGAAAGGAUCUGUUUGUAGUGGCUCAACUCACAGUCCUGUUCUGUCACUAAGCAGUAAAAGUGGUACUUUGCCGAGGAACAAACCUUCUACACCAACAAGCCCAACUCCCUCAAAUACAGACAGUCAAUUAGACUUCCUGUUCAAAAGUCUGGUUAAAGAGUCUUUCAAUGGCAUUUCUAGAGACGAUAAGAGGAAUGAAAAUCCGAAGGCAGAUGAUUCUGAAUCUGAAUGUGGUUCCAAAUCUCUUCCUGCUGAGAUUCCGAAUAAUAUAACAAAAGCCUCCGGUAUUCAAAAACCGUUACCCCCAGGGCAAAUCAAAUGCAACAUUUUAAAGGCUAAAGUGGAAGAAGAACUGCAGAACCAGAAAUUAACAAACCAGAUGUUUGUCAAAGCUAAGGAAGAAGAAACUUCUCUAAAUGCUGCGACUUUCAUAUCAGUGGGCGGCGAUAAGCUAACCUUGUCAGUUAGUGGCCCACCCAGCUUACCGCCAAUCAUCACAAACUCAAUCCUCAAGACUCCCAAAAUCAGCGAAAAAGACACCAACGAAGAUACGAAAAACAAAAAUGAAGAAAAGGAUUUGAAACGAUGCCCCACCCCAGUGACAGUGACAUUCUUCGGGCAAAACGAUGGAAAAUUGGAGAUAUGCCAAGUGGAAGAUGAGAAAGUGAAUAAUUUGAACCCCUUCGCGAAUUAUUUAACUGAUAACAAUGCGAACCCAUUUCAUAUUGUGAAUCCGUUCCACGCCAAUAAUCCGUUCUGUGAUGAUAACGACAAGGGGGAUUCUUCGGAGAUGGAUACGAAAGAUUCGGAAGACGAGGAGAAAACCCAAGAUGAACCAGACAAAAAGGCGUCAACCCCCCUAAGUCCAACCUUAAGCAAAGUUUCUCCAUGGCUUGUGUCUUCAGAGGUCGUUUCCUCUCCGGUUUCAAAGGUUAACACGACAGAAACAACGAUUAUAAGGAAGUCUGUGAUUACUACGCAACUUUAAACGAAUGAUGAGUUACUAUUAUUAUAAAAAAUACAAAUGGACAAUAAGUGGCCUUACAGUGGUGCUUGAAUAUUAUAUUUCUUGUUGUGUUUACGCAUUGUGUAUAUGGUUCAGAUGAAAUUGCAUUUUAUAUUACAAAUUCAUAUAAAUAUUGAGGCAAUUCUGGAUUCUAAACAAAAACAAGUACGUUCUCUCAGUAUUAUAUUGUUUCUGUCAAGACACUGGAAUGACUUAUCGCAUUUUGAGCUGAUUUUUUUGGAGUUUGUAAUCAUCUGUAUUUUUGUUGAAUCAUAUAAAUUUCAUUGGUAAGAUCUGAUAUAUCGAGUUUAGGUUAUUAAAAAAAUAUGUAUGCUAGUUGAUAUAUGAAUAUGUUCAAUAAAGACGCUUUUAAAUCUUAUCAAUGAUUAGAGAAGUAUUAGUUUAGGUAUGAUUGUACCUAUUUUCGUUAUAUUAUCGUCAGAAAUUGUUAAUCUUGUGGUAUAUAUGUAUCACAAAGUAUAAAUAUCGAAUAUAUUUAUAUAAGAAAAAUUUUAUAUUCAAUAAAAAAUGGAUGUAUAUACUCAUUAGAUACGAAUACAACCGUUUAGUCGACUUUUUGUUGUUAGGCAAUGUUUUAUAUGAAAAGCUUCUACAGUAGGUAUGAGUGACAUCUGCUAGAUAACAUAGCCGAGUUUUUUAAGUGCCAAGGUUUUGAAAUUUGAGGAUUCUUAUAUAAUUGGAAGGAUAAAAUACAAAAAUAAAUAGGUAAAAAAGCGAUAAAAAUAUUUAGGAAAGUGUGGCUUGGGUAAAAAGUUUGUCAAAUUUUGUUGAUCUUGCAGUUAGUCAUCAUUUUAGAAGAGACAAACUUGAUACUUGCAGGCACAACAAUUCUGUUAUGUCUGUGGUAGAUUUUAAGGGCUUAUUGAUUUUUUUCAAUUUUAUUCUACAUUAUAAUCGUUGAUUGCGUAAUUCUUGUGAUAGAUUGUUUCCCUUGAAAAUGUAUAUGAGAAGACAUCUCACAUAGUUUGUUGAAUUGAAAUUGCAGUAUUCAAAUAGAUUGGGACGGUGAUAUAAAAAGUACUUAAUAUUUAAAUAAUGUAAGAGUGUGCCAUUAAGAAGUUGGCAAAAACUGACUAAAAAACGAAUCAACUAUAUCUCCAUAUUAUAGUAUUUUUGAUUACAGAUUUAUUUAAAAGCAAAUAUCAAUUUCAACAACAUGGUGGUAAAAAUCAAGUCAUCAAACAGUGCAACAUUAUUGAAUAUAAAAUUAAAUGAUAGUUUUUGCCAAUUAAUCAAUUUCUUUGCCUAUAUAAGUAUUUUUUCCACAUGUCAGAUUUUUAUCCGUCCAUACAUAAACCUAUUUAUAAAUUUUUUUAGAAAU